AUGUCUUCAGCAUCCAACAGCCAAAACCAAUCGAUGAGCUAUAGAGGCAUGUCGCUGGUAAGUUCCUUCUCAUCUUCCUCUGCUUCAAUGUCGACCCCUCCAAACCCUCACCAAACUUCAAAAACUCCCAUUCCGAAGCCUUCGCACGGUGGGCAUUCCUCCACAUCCCAGCUACCAUCUCGGUCGAAACCCAUCGAGACCACUACAAAUUUGAAAACCUCCAAAACCCACCAAAAACCUAAAACCACCGCCAAACCUAAACCCAAAACUCCAACCAAACCGAGGCAGCAGCACCCUUCUUCCUCUGUAGCUACCAAGAAAUCCUACACAAAGCCCGCCCUACCACCGUUCAUUCCAAAUAUUAUGCCGAUGGGUGCGAUGCAUGACCCUAUUCCCACUCAUCUCCACACCGCACCAUCGCCCGCAGUGCGUCCACUUCCCCCAUUAUCCAUCCAACCCUUAGCCAUCAUUUACCCCAUUGAAGCAGGAGCUAGCCAACCCCUUCCACUGCGUGCCAUUAUCAUUUCAUCUCCCGGGUUGCCGCAUACCCCAUCUGGCACCCCACCAAUCACUCCCCCCAGGCCCAGCUCUGAUAGUCCUGUGUCAGAGUGA